CUUUUGACAUCUUUUCGCUGUGCAUUCGCUUAUUGUUUUCAUUUCUGGAGGUUUCGUGGUUUUUGUGAAUUUUAUAAAAAAUUUAAAUACAUUAAUUGUUCUUUGCAAUAAAGUGAAAUCUGCAAACCCUUGAGCAUAGGUGCCGCAAUCAAAAUAAGUAAAAAAUGCCGCCAACUAUCAUUAGUACGACGGUAAAUGCCGACAAGCGGCCGCUUCGCCCUGCUGAACGCAAAUCUGAAUUAAUUUGCCGCGUGAAAUACGGCAAUAGUUUGCCCGACAUCCCUUUUGACUUGAAAUUUCUGCAGUAUCCGUUUGACAGUAAUCGCUUUGUGCAAUAUAAUCCCACUUCCCUGGAGCGCAACUAUAAAUAUGAAGUGCUCACUGAACAUGACUUGGGUGUUACAAUUGACUUAAUUAAUCGCGAUCUUUAUCAAGCCGAUCCAUAUGCUCAACUUGACCCAGCCGACGAAAGACUACUGGAGGAAGAUGUGCAUACGCCACAUGAUUCGAUGCGUUCUCGCCAGCAUUCGCGUAGUGUUUCGUGGUUGCGUAAAUCAGAAUAUAUUUCGACUGAACAGACGCGCUUCCAACCGCAAAAUCUUGAAAAUAUAGAAGCUAAGGUUGGUUACAAUGUUAAGAAGUCUCUACGUGAGGAGACCUUGUACCUAGAUCGUGAUGCACAAGUUAAGGCUAUCGAGAAAACAUUCAACGAUUCUAAGCAAGAAAUCACCAAGCACUACUCCAAACCGAAUGUGGUACCCGUCGAAGUACUGUCUGUGUAUCCAGAUUUCAAGAAUUGGAAGUAUCCAUGUGCCCAGGUUAUUUUCGACAGCGAUCCGGCACCUGCUGGCAAGAAUGUACCAGCACAAUUAGAGGAGAUGUCACAAGCCAUGAUUCGUGGUGUGAUGGACGAAAGUGGCGAGCAAUUCGUUGCCUAUUUCCUACCCACAGAGGAAACUUUAGACAAGCGACGUAAUGAUUUUACCGAAAAUAUACUGUACAAGGAUGAUGAAGAUUACGAGUACAAAAUUGCACGUGAAUAUAACUGGAAUGUUAAAAGUAAAGCGUCUAAGGGUUACGAAGAAAAUUACUUCUUCGUUGUACGUCAAGAUGGUGUAUUCUACAAUGAGCUGGAGACGCGCGUGCGUCUCAAUAAGCGCCGUGUGAAAGCAGGACAACAGCCAAGCAACACCAAAUUAGUGGUAAAACAUCGUCCACUUGACUCCAAUGAGCAUCGCAUGCAACGUUACCGUGAGCGCCAACUGGAACCACCCGGCGACGAGGAAGAGGAAGAAAUGGAAGAAGAAGAGGAAGAGGAGGAACAAAUUACUACGCAAGCAACAAACGAUAAUGAGAACAAUAAAGACAGUCAGGGCGGUGAAGGAGAGGAAUCGGAAAUUGAUAAUGCCGAAGCUGCACAGAAGGCCAAGGAUCGCCAGUCACGCUCACGUUCUAAAUCGCAUGCGAAAUCUCGUUCUGUUUCAGGGUCACGAUCCGGUUCUGUCUCACGUUCAGGUUCAGGUUCUCGCGCUUCCCAUUCGCGUUCCCGUUCGCGAUCCAAAUCAGGCAGUCGCAGUCGUAGUGGCUCUCGUUCGACAGCACACUCACAUUCUCGAUCACGUUCUGCAUCUAAAUCACCAUCACGUUCUCGUUCUGCCACUCCAGCUGGUUCCCAUAAAUCCGCUUCACAUUCUCGAUCCGCUUCACGCUCACAAUCGCGUUCUGCAAGCCGUUCACGCUCGCCCUCGGGCUCUCGUUCCCGUUCCGCCUCGCAAUCACAUUCACCAUCAAAAACCCCAGCACGUUCGCGUUCACGCUCCCACUCUGGCACACGUUCACGCUCUCGCAGCGCAUCUGGAUCACGCUCCGGUUCAGCAUCACGUACUCCAUCACGUUCAGGCAGUGCUACCCCGAGUGGUUCCGGCAGCGGCUCCGGUAGUGAAUCAGAAGCCGAGCAAUAAAUACUACUUAAAAAUUGAAAUAAAGAAAGUUACGGCAUAUGCUCUAAAUUUUACGAUUUUCGAAUGGA